UGUUUGUUCAGCUACAAAGGCAUGAAAAUAAUCUGUCAUUAUUCUGACAUCUGUCUUGGCAAAGCCUGCUUUUUCUAAUCAGGGCUAUUCACUUGCAAAUUCAGCUGUGGUUUGGGUGCAGGACUGAGCAGCUCUGUCCUUGAGGUACAGACAGCUCUUGGCACGCUCUCCUCUUUGAGGACAUACCUUCCUUUGCUCCAAACAAACCCUCUUGUGCUGCUGAUGCAAAAAGCCCGGAGAAGCUUGGGAGAACAAAGCAGGCGAGAAGGAACUAAGAGGAGCAGGCUCCCCUGAAGAAGAGCUCAAAUGCCUGCAGCAGGAUGGUUCUCCCCACAACUUUUUUUUUUUUUUGCUGGGGAAAAAAAAACACACCACAGCGCGGGGGCUUCUGAGAGAAGGAGGCAGGGGUGGAGAGAAAGAGACCCCCCAAAAAAAGAAAGAAAGGAAAGAAGAAGAGCUGACUCUCAGGCAGCCUGACCUGCUGCAGAAGCUGAUGAAAGCCCAGGGCAGAGCCGAGCAUCCCGCUGCUGAACUACAGUUCCCAGCGCUCCCAGCCGGGGCAGCGCGGCUCAGCCCAGCCCAGCCCGGGCGCGACGGGCAAUUCCUGCUGCCGGGGACGUUAUUCCUGCUGCCGGGGACGUUAUUCCUGCCGGAGGGAGCGCAACCUGCUGUGCGAGUGGGACGCCGGGUUGGACCCGGGCCGUCGCAACUGUGGAGGAAACAAACAAGAGAGCAGCCACCCUUCCCUGCUCUUUCCCCCCCGCCCAGGGAUACAGGAAUUUAGGACAGGAACGUUUCACCUCGGUCAUACAGCGAUUUCUGUUAGACCUCACAGAUGGAAAACCACCCGAGGUAUCUUUCAAGAGGCUUAAAAAUGGCCUGAAAUUGGGUUUGAUGAGCAACUGGAGACGCAGACCAAAGCAGUAAUAGUAGAAAGCAGAUGCCAGCAUUCUGCAGCCUCUGCAGAGACUGUAGGUGUUAGUGAUGGCUGCCAUUUAUCAAGCACUGCACAGAAGAGCUUCCUCCCUCUUCUGCAGGUUACACUCCACCUACGUUAGAAAAAUGAGGUACCUAAAUGAGCUAAAGGAAGAUGACAGCCUUUGUAGACAAGCCCAGACCUCAGGAACUUUCUACCUCUUUCACAAUCUCUGCCCCUUCCUGCAGAAAGUUGGAAAGAAAUAUCUGGUACCACAGCUCAGUGCAGCAGAGAUGAAAAGGAUCCUGGAGAAAUGCAAAGGGACUGAACAGUGGAUGGAGCAGUCGGUGCUGACGGGCUGUUCGGAUGAGCAUGUACCUCACUUUGCCCUGGAUUUAGGAGCCUUGGAGAAGUCAGUCAUUGAGUCUGAACUCAAGGGGUCAUUUACUGACCUACGAAAGGCUCUGUUUGUAGUGGAUAGGAAGGACUCUCCUUUGCUGGCUUCGGCCCAGUCCCUUCUCCGGUGGCACGAUUCCCACCAGUUCUGCAGCAAGACUGGGCACCCCACCCAGAAGAAUGCAGCUGGCAGCAAGCGUGUCUGCCAGGCCAGUGGGAUAACUUACUACCCCCAGAUGUCUCCAGUGGUCAUCACCCUGGUGUCCGACGGGAGCCGAUGCCUCCUGGCACGACAGCCCUCCUUUCCCCAGGGGAUGUACACUGCUCUCUCUGGCUUCUGUGACAUGGGUGAAAACGUGGAGGAGACAGUCCGGCGAGAGGUGGCAGAAGAGGUGGGCCUGGAGGUGGAGUCACUCCAGUACUCAGCUUCUCAGCACUGGCCCUUCCCCAGCAGCUCCUUAAUGAUCGCUUGUCAUGCCUUGGUGAGGGCAGACCAGGCUGAGAUCAGUAUGGACAGCCUGGAACUAGAGGAAGCCCGUUGGUUUAGCCUGGGGGAAGUCGUUGAGGGUCUCAAGAGGGAGCCCAGACCUUCCAAGCAAGAUGAUGGUCGUUUUUUACCCUGGUUCCCUCCCAGACAGGCCAUUGCUCACCAGCUGAUCUGCGAGUGGGUUAAGCAGCAGACCUCCCAGCCAGCUUAGGCAUGACUCCACAACCUCUGGGGUUCUACCAGAACCAUGAAAACUCAACCAAAAAAGCUGCCAAAGUCACUGAAGGCAAAGCCUGUGUCACAGUGAGGACAGCACUCAGACACAUAGACUUACAAAGCCAUUUCUAAACUGAUCAUCCUCAGACAAUUCCACGUGCAGCAGGUUAAUUCUGGGAGCCCAAGACCUGCACUACAUGUACAAGAAAAUUCUUGGUCCCAAAGCAUCAGACUUACUGUGACCAGCUGCUGCCCCGCAAGCAACAGAACAAUGAGCCUCUGGCACCUGUGGCCUGUUUUCCUCCAAUUUUACCCACCUUGGCUGGAUAUUAAGUGCACGAUUUUUCCAGAAUAAAAUAAAGAGAUAGUGGCACUUUUCAGUGUUCACAUUUCUAUGGAUCUGGAAGAACUCUCAAAACCACAGAAAAAUGCACUGCCUGCACAUGCUCUUCCCUUCUGUUUCCCUUCCCAUUCAAUUUUCCAGUUUCAUAUAAAACAUCUUAUGUUUUGUUGGUUGUUUUUUUUUUCCUUUUUACAAAUCUUAAGUGGGCUCCUACUUCACGGAGAUACCUGAGCAACUAAAAAUACCUCUAGAGGCACCAUUUUCCCCCACCGGUAAGCGUUACUUCUAUUCCAAGGAAGAGAGAACAGAGCAACCUGGUGGUAGAAGAGUGGAAGAGCAAAACCUCCAUAAAAGCCUCUGAAGGACCCAGACAACGUAAAAAGGUGAGAGGAACAAGAAAGGACUCUGCUUCCAACAGAGAAGAAUCCUGAAAGGCACAAUGCCUCCUUCCCUGUGCCCAAAGUCUGUGGCUUGCCUGGACAGCUGGUCUUGUUUUACUGAUUAAAUGGUACCACUUUUCUGGAGGGAGAGAGACAAAGAGACAGUCUGGGCAAGGAAAGCUUAGUAGAAGAGACAGAUGGAAGGAUGUUGGAUCUGCUGCUGCUUCAGGCUGACAGUCCUUUCUGCCUGCUUGGUGAGUUGGAAUGCCAGGAUUGGAAUGCCAGCAGUACAGAUGCCUGAAUGGGGAACAGGAACGUGGCACUGGCUGCCACCACUGGGCCUCACUGCAGGUGAAAGACCUUUUGAGGAGUGGUAAAGCUCAGACAAUAAAACCCUUGUGCCAGAGCACAUGUUUGUGAACUCCAUCUGCCAGUCAUUCUGCUAAGGAUGCCCAAAGGCCCAGCCAAGGCAUUGCUCCCUCCCCUCCAGCCCAGCCAGGCACCACAGGAGGCCACACACCCCCCAGCUGAACUGCAGCACUCCUGCAUCCAGCUUCCCUCCAAGCACUGCCUCUCUCUGCAGCAGUUCCUCCUGCUUUCUCUCCAUCGGGCAUUUACCUCUUCCUCUCUCUGCUCUGGAAUCUGCCGUUUGCAUCUUCAGCCUCACUCAUUUGUUCCUCUUCUCUGCAGAGGAUAUUGAAGAGUUUGAAACCUGCCAGCGAGAUAUUCCCUCUUCUCGUCUCUCUCCUCCUUCUCCUUAAUGCUUCCCAACUCAUUCUUGUGCUCCAAGCUUCUUUCCAGUGUACAACACCCAGCUCCACGUGCUUAGUGCUUUUUCAUAUCCACACACGACCUGUUCUCCCAGUGGCAGAAGGAGUGAGAAAUAAAAGCAGCCAAAAAGUGGUACCCAGGAGUGCAAGGGGGGGGUGGCUGUGUGACCUGCAGUGAUCCCAGCUCUGUGUGCUCUCAUUUUGUGCUUCUACAAGCUGCUGGAUCUCCGUGGGCUUCAGGACAACUCUUAAGGGCUGCAGUCUCUCUAACACACUGACUAGACCAGGCUGCUGCAGAUUUCAUCAGUUAAUGCCCAUUUUCUACAAUAAGAAAAAGAAAAAGCAAAGCUUUUUUCUCAUCUUGUUGCUUCUGUGACUCACCUUUUAAGACAAAACGUCUGCAUAUUCCUUUUAAUUAUAAGAAAAAAAAGUUCAAUUUACUCAACCUUUUUUGGUAGAGCAAGAACAAUAUUCUCAUCCCAUCUUUUGAAAAGCCUUACGUUUAAAACUAUUUUAUAUCAUAUCCUUAAUCCAUACCCCUGUGACUUAGGUAUGAAACCUGAGUAAUAAUCAUUGCAGUCAAGAUGGAACAUGCUCCUUGAAGGCAGCUGACCUGGAGAAAGAAGCAGGCAGCUCCUGACAGAUGCUGCUUCAACAAAACACAGCAGGGCUUUCUCAUGUAAAAGAUACCAGGCAGGCAAGAGGGAUGGAGCAACAUGCUCCUCACGAGCACACAUGGGUUAAAUGACUCCUCUUGGGGGACACUUGGCUUGUAUAAAUCAGGGAGACUCCACUGCUUUCAGAGCCUGCAAGGGCUUGGGACUUGCAGGAAGACCCACCACUGAAAAGCAGUCAGCCUGUGGGGUUACAGCCCAGUUGUUUCCAGGUGUCAGUCAGCAGGAUGCAUGGGCAGCUAUAAAAGAAUAAGUCACCUGACUCAUUUGAAAUAGCUUUUUGGAGAGCAAGGCAGGCAGGUUCAGAGCAGCUUUCCACCUUCCUACCAAACACAGCAGGGCACAGAAGUCACGUUUAGCUCCCUCAGGUGCCAGCAGAGGAUUAAAGUAGCCAAACCCCUUGGCAUAACUUGUCUUAUCUCUGAACAAGGGAGCUCAGAAAAAUCUUACCUGGAAAUGGUGUGGAUUGAGAAUUCACUUCCCACACACUCCCCCCAUCACCUUGGGCUGCUCUGCUCCUGCACAGAAAGGUCACAUUUCCCUACCCAGAGGGGUCCUCACCCAUUGUGAAGAGGAGAAAGUCUGAGUUCAGUAUUACAGCUCAAGGAGGGAGCUCUUACAUCAAGAAAUUACUUCAGCUUAAAACACACUCUGAGGCACAGUGGACACGUGCUGAAUCUGAUGUUUAGCCUGAGAGGACAUGGGCACUUCAUGGAACACCCUAACAAUGUGACUGUGUUGAAGUAAUUUCUCAGGUAAUCAUUUCUCAGGUAACCACCAGCAGUUCAACCCUGGCAGCUGCAAGACUUUUAAGUACACAAACACAAUUCCAGCAGCCCAGAGCACUGCUGAGAUUAAUUCAGCAGCCCCAGCCUCCAGCUCCCAUUUCAAACUUGUUCAUUGUUCCACUUGGCAAGGGAUGGAAAGCAGCUGUGCAAGGGGAAAAAUACUGCAGAUGUGACUCAUGCAACCAUGCACACACCUGGGAACAACUGAGCACCACCAGAACUAUUUUUGUUAAAAAAAACCCAACAAAACACCAAAAAAGAGGCCAGGUUGCCAAUCUGGGAGUGGUGUGUCUUGCACUUUCUUUAAGAGCCAUCAAUGGUAUUUUAUAGACUAGCACGUGCACUCAGUGAUGUCCAGAAUCAUCAUUACAUGGAAAAACUGAAGCUGGCAUCAGCUGUCACAAACAUGAGGAAGAUCACAGGAGCAGAAACACAAAGCUCCCCCAGGCCCCUCACAGGGAGAGCAGUUUUGGCACAGGAACAGAAAAUGCUGAUACAACCUCCUUCUCCCCUGGUCCUCGUGCUCAACUGCACGUAGCAGCUUUGUUAGGUAGCAUCCUCCACAAAGCUUCCCAUCUAAACAAAACACAGCUACAGAGAAAUAACAGGAGGAAUAACAGACAGGGGGCAGGGCAAGGAAGGCUUUUCAGGGAGAUCUGAAAUGAUUGGGGAAAAGAGUGAUGCACAAUAAGGUUGUUCCAAUGGCAGGAAAGGCAAAGAAGGCCCUAUUGCUACGAGUGGAAACAUUGCAAAGGGACCCAGAAGAUUAUUAGUAGAAGCAGAAAAGUAGAUAUUCUAUUAAUAGAAGCAGAAAAAGAAGAAAGAUGAGGUUUGGGGCAGGGACAGAAGCAAAUUACACAUCCCUUUUAUUGAUAAAAAGCCUAAGGAUCUCAACAAGAUUCCUCUUUCAAGGAAUAGGAAGCUGAACAUUCAUAAAUGGCAAGGUGGACACUGAAGGCAGGGUCCUGGACAAAGGAAAGGACAGGGUGCUAGACUAGGACAGAAGCAGCUCUGCAGCUUUUCCUACAAAACAGUUGACUAAUUUAACAGGAACCCAGCAAAGGCAAAAAGAUACUGCACACAUGUCUGAACAAGAGAAAAAAUGGGAAGCUUUUAUUAGUGAAAGAAAAUACAAGGGGCAUGCAGUAAUAACCUUGAGUCUUUUUUUUCCUGAAUAAACUGAGCUUUACCUUCA